AUGUGGAUCAUCUCAUUCUGGGUGUUCCCUCUUAUCUCAGCUGGCAUGUGGGUUGCCAUGCUGAUCGCCAUGAUUUCCACUUGGGCUCGCGAUGGAAAACCAGUCUAUCCUAGCAUGGAACAAAACCAGAAGAUUGCGUACAUUUCCGACGUGGGCGCUUUCGGGUUGAAACCGCUCUUCAUCACCGGUAGCGCUGUGACUGUCGUCUUCCUGGAUCUCGCUCUCUUGUCUGAGCGAUGGCUGCGCCAUGCGGGCCAGCUUGUGCCCAACAAGGGCGUCUUCGACAAGCUCUGCGCCAUCGGAUCGAUCAUUUUUGCCAUUGCCGGUGCCGCAGGCUUGAUUCUGCUUUCCAUCUUCGAUACUUAUCACCACCCCACUAUGCACGACGGGUUCUUGAUCUUGUUCAUUGGUGGCUACAUUGUCAGCGCAAUCCUCAUCUGUGCCGAGUACCUCCGUCUCGGCAUCUCCUACCGCCGCCAACAUCGCGUGCUUCUCGCCAGUUUCCUCGUCAAGGUCACCUUUGCCAUUAUUGAAAUCGGUCUGGCCAUCGGAUUCGGCAUCUGUACCAAGAGCAAGAGUACCCACAAGAAAAACGUGGGUGCCAUCCUCGAGUGGACCAUCGCCUUCGUCUUCACCGGCUACGUCCUCUCCUUCGUGAUCGACUUGCUCCCAUCCGUCCGCACCCGCAAGCACAUCCCCCAGGGUGAGAAGCACGCAAGUAUGAUGAGCAGCCCACACGACAGCAUGGACCUCCCUCAUCAUCACGCGUCUCUUGAAGAACCCUUGACGACAGACUCGACUGGCCCUAAUUAUUACCGAGGUCAGCGGGUUUGA